GGGGCGCCGCCCUGUCGGCGGGGCGGGAGGCCGGCAUGGAGGGCGCGGUGUCCAACGUCGAGGUCUGCAACCUGGCCUACGCCGGGCGCCUGGAGGAGCUGCGCGCCCAGCUGCUGCGCGACAGGGCCCUGGCCACCGCCACCGACCAGGACCGCCGCACCGCGCUGCACUGGGCCUGUUCGGCGGGACGCACGGCCGUGGCGGAUCUCCUGCUGGGGCUCGGCGUGCCCGUCGGCGACAAGGACGACGCCGGUUGGACUCCCUUGCACAUUGCUGCAUCGGCGGGCCGCGAUGAGAUCGUGAAGGCCCUCAUUGACAAGGGGGCUCCCAUCAAUGCCGUCAAUCAGAACGGCUGCACGCCCCUGCACUACGCAGCCUCCAAAAAUAAGCAGGAGAUUGCAGUCAUGCUGUUAGAGAAUGGAGCUGAUCCAGAUGCGACAGAUCAUUUUGAAUCUACCCCAUUGCAUAGAGCAGCAGCCAAAGGCAACCUAAAAAUGAUACAGAUCCUUCUGCAGCACAAUGCAUCUGUUAACAUACAGGACUCAGAAGGGAACACUCCCCUUUCACUGUGUGAUCUGUAUACGCUAGGUCAUUCCUUCUAUGUCACAGUCCAGUUUAGGAUUAUUUCUUUCAAACAACUUUGGGAGUCUCAAAAUGAUAUUCCUGCUCUCUGUGCUUCAGGUAAUAAUUUCAGGGAUAAAGCGUGAUUGUAAGGUGAUUUCCUGCUGAAUUCUUAAAAAAUGCAAAGCAAGCAUCUGUAUGUGUAGGAUAUUAAAAAAAACUAGCAACUUCUGCGAUGAUUGCAAUCAUGUAAGUGUUUGUUUGGCCCCGUGAGAAUUGAAGACAUCUUCUAAACUGCUUUUUAUUUUUAAUAAGGAUCAUUGAGAACUUCCAUGUGCUUGUCACUUGCUCAUUAGUCCCUUAAUUUUGUACAGGUAAUCCCUGAUUGAAUUGAUGUGGGGGAGGUUGGGAUUUUCUUUUUUUGUGUUUUGCUUUUUCAUGUGAUUGCAAUUAAAUUCAGUAUUUGAGCAUUUAGCAAUAGAGGUGAGAAUACUUACUGCAAAAUGAAUAAAAGCUGGCUGGACAGCUGGGCCCAGAGGGCAGUGGUGAACGCAGUUAAAUCCAGCUGGCAACUGGUCAUGAGUGGUGUUUCCCAGAGUCAGUACCAGGGCUGGCCCUGUUUAAUAUCUUUAUUGAUGAUCUCUACGAGGGGAUUGGGUGCACCUCCAGUAAGUCUGUGAAUGACACCAAGUUGGGAGGAAUUGUGGAUCUGCCUGAGAGUAGGAAGACUCUACAGCAGGAUCUGGACAGGCUGCUCACUGGGCUGAGGCCAACUGUAUGAGCUUUAACAAGACCAAGUGCUGUGUCCUACAUGCUGGCCACAACAGUUCCAUGCAGUGCUACUGGCUUGGGGCAGAGUGGCUGGAAAACUGCACAGAGAGAAAGGAUCUGGGCUUCAACAUCCUGUUCUGACAUUGGUAAGAUCUGUUGUAGCACUGGUGGAUGAGUUCUUUCUGAACAAAUCAUGCUGAUGAAGUUCUAUGAAAUAAAGGCAGUGUCUUAAAGAGCAAUCUUUGAUAUUAUAAAACUUUAUUAAACUUGUGUAACAAAACCAA